ACUGUGCCACCAGGGAAGCCCAGCCUCCAGGCUUUUAGCCUUCGUGCACUGGGACAGGUGCACUCACCCCAGAGGGGUCCACAGCUUGCCACAGGUCACAUGGUCCUCUUGGCAGGCCACUGCCACUUCCCUGCCAGGUGGGCUCCUCUCCACUCUUUCCUGGGUUCCAGCCCAGUCCUCCCAGGGCCUGCUUGGUCCCCUUGAGCUGGACACACAACUGCCUGCCAGGCCCUGCACACACCCAGAGUCCAGCCAUCUGCCCCCUCCCGGGAAGCUCAGGGGCCACACCAGGUCCUCUCAGGAUCCCAUAACCUCAGCUCUCUCUCUGUCAUGGUGGCACAGGAUCACAGCACCUGCCUUUGCAAAUGCUCUCCCCUGGCUUCCCCUCCUUAUCUUUCCUGUGUGCCAUUCUGCCUGUCCUGCCACCAGCUCUGAGGACCAGACCAGUUGUUGAAACUGACUUCUGCCCCCAGGCCCUCCCAGACUUCCCUGCCUCCUCAAGAAGCGCUUGUCCUCUGGUCGGUUCCCCUUUAGGGUGGGAACUGCUCGUUUGUCCCCUGGGCACAGUGCAGUCAGUGGCUCUCUCUCCAGCCUCAUGAGCGCUGGGGACCUCCGGGGGUGACUCGGGGCUGGGGCGCCAUCGGACUAGUUGAGGGUUCAGUGCAGCACUGCUGUCCCUGCUGCCACUGAGGCCAGACCCAGGAGGGACCAAGGUUGGUGGGAGUGGCCUGGGGGCCGCCUCCCAGUAAGAGCAGGCAGGGUCAGAAACGGGGAGGUGGGCCGGGGUGGGGGAGAAGGGGGCGUCUCAUCACCACCAAGCUCUCGACCAUCUGUUCCUCCAGCGCGCCCCUGUGCCCAAGAGGCGCUGACCCCAUGGGGCUUCUCCCUCUGGGAUGGGGAGGCCCCUGCGUCCCAGCGUCCGCCCUCGCGCCUCGCCCCGCCCAGCCGCAGAUAUAAGGCGCCGGUGCUGCUGUUUCGCGCCCCGCCGCCCGCCGCCACCCGCGUCCCCAUGGCCGGGCUCGCGAUGCUGGUGGCUGCCGCCCUGGCGCUGUGCCUGCUGCUGGCGCCCCCCGGCCUCGCCUGGUACAAGCAGGCGGCGGGGCCGGGCUACUACUCCGUGGGCCGCGCCGCGGGGCUGUUGUCCGGCUUCCGCAGGUCGCCGUACGCGCGGCGCUCCGAGCCCCCCGUGGGCACGGGACCCCCGGGACGGGCCGGCGCCUUCCCGGAGCUGCGCCCCAGCCUGCGGAGCCUCGCCGUGUGCGUCGAGGACGUCACCCCGAACCUGCAGAGCUGCGAGCGGCUCCCCGACGGCCGCGCCAUCUUCCAGUGCAAGGCCGACGUCUUCCUGUCACUCCGCGCCGCGGACUGUCGCAGCACGUGAACCCCAACCCUGGAACGUGGACCUGGCCUGGCUCCCGCGGGCACACCCUGGGGCCCGCCCUUGCCCUGGCGCCAGAUGGCACCCAGUACCGCCCACCCAUCCCCAUAGUAAAUGGCUUAAUGAAUAAAUGAGACUCGCAGCCUCUGGGGUGGGGGGGUGGGCCCAGCAGACGGAGUGGGCAAGUACCUGUGAAUCUCCAAACCCGGACUCUGGCCACCUAGGAGCACAGACAGCAACUAGGGCCCUCAGGCCAACAGGCUUCACCGAAACACCAACACAGGGGCUCCCAAACCCCACUGCUGGCAAAACGCUGCUGGGCCUCCAGCUGUAUCAGCCCCAGACAUCUUCUGGAGCCCCACAUCUGGCUCUGCAAGGCUGCUCUCCAUGUCCCCCACCUCCAGCCCCUGCCCGACAUCUUCCUGCCUUUGUCCACGCAGCUCCUGGAUCAGGGAGGUGGUGCCUGGGUCGCCCACUAGCCAUGAAGCCUAUUAGGCCAGCUCAAAUGUCCUGCCUUAUAAAAGCUUCCCCUGAACACUCCACACCGGAAGGCCCUCCUGCCUCAAAUCCUAGGUUUCUUGAGACCAAAGAUCUCCCUUACCAGAGAGGCAGCUCUGGGGUCACUCUUCUAGGAGCCCCCCAAAAUUCCUCAAAGUACACAGCACAGGACAAUACUUGUGCCAAGUGAAUUAAUGAAUAGGCUGGGCCCAGCAGGAGUGGGAAGGCAGCCAGAUGUGCAGCUCCAGGACCAGGAGGGGCUGCACCAGGGGGUUGACAAAGCUGGGCGCCACCCCAGCUGAGUCCUGAAUCUGACGUCAGGCAGAUGGCUCCUCCCAGGCCUGGGAGCUCUUUGUUCAGCCCUCCCUAGACCCACAGGGAAGCAGAUAUCCCCAAAGCAAUGGGUGCUGCCCCACCUUGAGGAGGGAGGGGCUGUGUAGGGCCAAAGCUCCUGAGCACAACUGCCUUGUGCC